AGCCUUUUUUGAGCCCAGAUGCUGGGGACUCCAUUGUGAGCUGGGAUCCGCCUCCUCCUUUUGCAAUCUCUAUUUUUGUGUGAAAUCAUUGUUAUUAUUUUUGUUAUAUUUUUAAAAACAGGAGCAGCAAGAGAAGGAAGGAGAGAGAGAGAGAGAGAGAGAGCUGCUUUCUUUUGUCUGCUGCAGAAGUUGGAACCGUGCGGGUCUGACUCCGGUUCGAACCGGACUCUGGUGCUGCCAUUGAUUUUGGAACUCGAGAUCGGAGGGAUUUGUAGCUUGCCCAGGUGCUUGGAAUUCAAUGCUAGGACGCUUUCCCCGAACGACAAGACUAGAGUUUUCUGUCAGAGAAUGUCUUCUGCUCCUCACCAAACUACAAAUUCCAGGACUCCAUAGGAUGGAACCGUCACAGAGACUUUCCAUGCGAAGACACGCUGUUUGUGACAGAAAAUGGCCAAAACAGUGUCAGCUCAGAUAGAGCAGGAUCUUCUGGCCUCUGAUCAAGGAAGCCUCUACAGGGAAGUAAUGCAAGAGAGCUACAACACCAUCUUUAUGGCCUCUCCACUUCAAACCUCUGAACUGCUAGCUCAUCUGGAACGAAGGCAAGAAUCCUGGGACCCAGAUCUUCAGAGCCCUGAAAGUGCCACUGCUGCCGCUGAAGCUGAUGCCGCUGCCACCACCACUGAAGCUACUCCUGAACAAGGGCUGGAUAAACAAGUUCUAACAAAAUGGCAAGAGAGUGGAAAUUGGUGGAAUUCUUACCGGAGUCCUGUGAGCGUGCCCAGUUCAGAUUCAUCUAGUUCAGAUGACGAUUCAACAAGUGAAAAAGAAGAGGAAGGCAGUGUUCAGCGGGAGGGCCCCAGGGUCACAAAGCCACGAGCUCCUUUGUUGGGGAAAUGUGACUCUGGCUGCCGGAAAGAAGAAGUCUACAAGAGUUGGCAUGGUCCACUACAGGGCAGUAUCCAUAGAGCUGAUAAAAAUGACAGGGACUAUCUUCGGAAGCAAAAUGGUCAGCAAGGAAUAGAUGCAGAAGAGGGCCAGAACGAAUGCUCUGAAUGUGGGAAGUGCUUCAGUAGGAGAUCAUCCCUGAAGAGGCACAUCAAAAUCCACAGUGGAGUGAAGCCCUUUAAAUGUUCCAUCUGUGGCAAAUGCUUCCUUGAGAAAUCAAGGCUCUCUAUACAUAUAAGAAAAGUGCAUAAAAGAAAGUCCCAUUCAGAAAUAGAACUCUGUGAAUGCCCUGAGUGUGGAGAGAGUUUUGUUACAAGAGCCAUUCUCACUGAACAUCAGAAAUCGCAUACUAGUCAAGCAACCUAUCCGUGUCCUGCCUGUGAGAAAACCUAUACAGAAGAGAGAUACCUUAUUAGGCAUCUGAUGGCGGUCCACUCAGGAGCACAUCUCUUUAAAUGCUCUAACUGUGGAAGAGGUUUCAUAAAACAGAAAGAUCUCAUUAGCCACCAAAUGACAAUCCAUAUGGAGAACAACUGCUAUGUGUGUCCUGACAGUGGGACAAGCGACGGGGAGAAAUUGUCUGAAAUCAAACAUGAGAGACUACACACAGGAGAAUGUUCUUGUAAGAACCUAAAAUGCACAAAUAGUUUUGAAGACAACAGAUUAUUUGCCAGUCAUUGUAGGAUGGAUGAAAAAGAACAGCCACUUCAACACUUGAAUCAUCAAAUGAAUUUUCUGGAGAGUUUGUCCCACUCUACAGAUAAGAGCAGUAACCCAGAAGGAUAUGUCGGGAUGUGCCCUGAAUGUGGAAAAUGUUUCAAGAAUGAAAGAUGUUUUAUUAAUCAUCAGAGAAGCCACAUGCAAGAGCAACCAUAUAAGCAAACAGGUGAAGGAGACAUCUUCAAGCAAGAAGAGCAAUUCCCUGCAAAUCAGACAAACCAGCUAAAUUUGAAACAAGACAUGUGCUUUGAUUGUGGAAAACCAGCCUGUGCCAAUUUAAUACUGGCUCAACAGCCCAAUACUGAAAUGGAACAGAACCUCCACACAUGUCCUGAUUGUGGGAAAACUUUCAGGGACAGCCGAUGUUUUGCUAACCAUCAGAGAACCCAUGGAAAAGAACAAUAUAAAAAUGAAGCCUCCAGGGAAGAAGUGCUGCCUGCUGGUGAAAAGGGUUAUCAAUGCCCUAACUGCAAGAGAACAUAUGCAACCCACUAUAAUCUCAGGAGGCACCAGCAAGUCCACCCAGAAUGCAGAACGAACAAAAGCUCCAGCCAGGGAAAAGCAUCUUCCUAUAAAUGGUCCUUCAGUGACGCACAACAUGUCCAAGUCAAAGGAGAACAUCAGCACAAAUGCUCUUACUGUGGAAAAGCCUUUAAAGCAAAAAGUGUUCUCUACAGACAUCAGCAAAUCCACAUAAAAGGCAAGCCCUAUAAAUGUAAUGUCUGUGGUAAAGCCUUUGCCUACAGAUAUACUCUUGCCCAUCAUCAGGAAUCUCAUAUUGAAGAACAGAUGUAUCAGCAUAAAUGCUCUUACUGUGGGAAAGCCUUCAGGACGCAGUCGUCCCUCCGUCGACACCACCAGCUACACAUGGGGAGCAAACCUUAUUCCUGUGGCAUUUGUGGGAAAGCCUUUGCUUACAGGUAUGCCCUCACUCAUCAUCAGGAAAUACAUGUGGAAGGACCAUCCCAUAAAUGCUCUUUCUGCUGGAAAGUCUUCCGAACCAACUAUUCUCUCAGUAGGCAUAAGCGCAUCCACAUGGACACAAGAUCAUAUCAGUGCUCUGUUUGUGGGAAAGUUUUUGGAACAAAAUAUUCCCUCUUUCGGCACCAGGACAUGCAUGAAAAAGGAAAGCCUGAUAACGUGUCCACUGCUGGGAAGGAUCCUGGUAACAGUUUGAACGUAAUUAAAGAAGAAGCCUGUACCAUGGAAAACAUUUCUAACAACUGGUCAGACAGUUCAACCUCCGCUGCAUGUCAGGGUGUCCAAAUGGAUGGGAAAAUCCCUGAAUGCCCUGGGGGCAUUGGUAGUUCUGAAAACCAGAGCACCUAUUUGGAAGAAAAACAUUCUCAAGGAUUUUUAUCUGAUAGACUAUCCAGAGAUAACUCGGUCCUUCCUAAAAAUCCAGUUAGCCAUGCCAAUGACAAUGUUAAUAAAUGGUUUGAAUAUUCAAUCUCCUCUAGGUAUCAGGCUAUCUGUGUGAAAGAAGACACUCCUGAAUCUUCUGGGAACGUGAACAGCUCGCAGCUCACUCAGAGUACCCACAGUGAAGAAAAUUGUAUGAAAGGAUUGGAAAGUGAAAAUAAAAUGAGGGAUGGAUCAAUGUUCACUCAAGAACAAGAUAGUCACAGAGAAGAAAAUGUCAGUAAAUGGACCGAUAAUUCAUUCUACUCAGGAUAUCAGGAUGUCCCUGUAGAAGAAAAUCGUCCCGAGUGCUCUAAGGAUGGAGAUACCUUCAUGGCUAGCUUAACCCUUACUAAACAUCAAGGCAACUCAGAAGAAAAUACCUUUAAAAGGUUAGAAGGCAAGAAAUCCUUGAAGAGCAGCUCAAGUCAUCAGAGAACAACUAAGGACAAAAAAAGACACAUCUGUUCUACUUGUGGAAGAACUUGCCGAGACAAAUAUUCUCUCACUAGACAUCAGAGAGUUCAUACAUCAGAGAGACCAUACCAUUGCCAAACCUGCAGCAAAAGCUUCUGCCACUCCAAAGACCUUGCAAGGCACCAGGCAACCCACUCAGAUAUCAGACCAUAUCUGUGCACUGAGUGUGGGAAACGCUUCAAAACAAAAUCGGCCAUUGCCAAACACCAGAAUGCCCACAAAGGUCUGAAGCCUUAUUGUUGCUCCUACUGUGGCAAAAGAGUCACAACAAGUUCGAUUCUUCGUUGUCACGUGAGAAUUCACACCGGAGAGAGGCCAUACAAGUGUACAGUGUGUGAGAAAGGUUAUAUGACAAAGUCAUCGCUUAAAAAACAUUUGGAGACACAUUUAAAAAAUGAACUCCUCAAAGGUUCCCUGUGAUGGAAACCAGACUCAUCCAAUUUUUAAUACGUUUUCCUGUGAUUAUUGGGUGAGGAAUUGGGACAAUCCUAGAUGGUCUAAGAGCAAUGUUGUCGGAUUCUGCUUAGGAUCUGUGGAACUGAAAUACAUAUUAUAUCUGCAGAAGGCCCAGGUCCUUUAUGUAAGCAAUGGUGAUAAACUACCUCAGAAAAAAAAACUUGAAGCCUCAAAACAUUCAGAUGUCUUAGGUCAAAUAAUGGACAUCCAAGCAACCUGUGAUACAGGGGUUGUUUUGGACCAGUCUGUUUUGAAUUAUUGAACCUGACUGGAGAGGCAGGGGUGCUGGAUGGUAAAGAAGAAAAAUGUUGAUGGAAACUAUGAAAUGAUUGGUUGACUUUGCAGCAACUACGAGAGUGGGAUGGAGGUACUAGGCCAAUGGACAUCCAUAAUUCCUCCUAAACUUCGCCUCAAGUUUUAAAAAAAAGUACAAAAUACUGUUAAAUUAGACAAGCUUGGUUUCAUGGUGCAAUGGUCUGAGUUCUAUUGUAGAGCUCUGCUUUCAUCCUCUGGUCACCAUCUUAAGUAGUUACUUUCUGUUCUUGUAAAUUAAGGGAUUGGGAACAUUUGCCUUCUAGAAGUUACAUCCUACAGCUCCCACAUCCUUUAACUUGGGCCUUGCUAGGUAGAAGUGAUUAAAUUUGUAGGCCAAAACAUCUACAGAGCCAGAAUUUUCCCAUACAUACUGUAUGUAAAGAGUAUUUUUUGUUGUUCUUGUUACUAUUCCUCUUCUAAUCUUUUUGUGUGGUUAAUCAUUCAGUAGUAUGCCUGAUUGGACCUACUUAGAUAGGCUUCACAAAAAUAUCAAAGGCAUAUUUUGUUAUUUAUUCAGUCACAAUAGGAUCAUUGCCAACCUUCCUUGAUUGGCGUGACUAUCAUUUCCAGGUGAAGCCUCCAAGAAAUAAAUAGAAAACAAGUGAUUUCCUCAUUACUGAUAGAAACUUCUAGUACCCUGUCAUCAAGCCCAAAUGUCUUGUGUGUAUUUUAGAACCUACAAACGGUUGCUGUGAAAAGCAGAAGCUGAACAAGAAGUUAUUUUUAAGUGCAUAAUCUUUUACCUACCUAUAAUGAACAUCUUGAAAUAAACACCUUGUGCAGAAAAUAAAAA